UUAUUUUCCAGAAGAUGAUGUGGAGAUGGUGUCCAGAACUAGUCACACAGCAGGUCUUCUCAGGGACACGAAAAGCCGAGGCCCUCCCCCACACUCGCAGACGUGGAGAAGUGGUGAGAAGCUCUCUUUGGGGCAGACACAUGCUUCAAGGACAUUUGAAAAACCCCCUCAGGUGCAGACCCAGGCCCUUCGAGACUUUGAGAAGCACCUCAAUGACCUGAAGAAGGAGAACUUCAGCCUCAAGCUGCGCAUCUACUUCCUGGAGGAGCGCAUGCAGCAGAAGUACGAGGCCAGCCGGGAGGAUGUCUACAAGCGGAACAUCGAGCUGAAGGUGGAAGUAGAGAGCCUGAAGCGAGAACUCCAGGACAAGAAACAAGACCUGGAUAAAACGUGGGCUGAUGUGGAGAAUCUGAACAGCCAUAAUGAAGCUGAGCUGCGGCGCCAGUUUGAGGAGAGACAACAGGAGACAGAACAUGUGUACGAGCUUUUAGAGAACAAGAUCCGACUUCUGCAGGAGGAAUCCAGGUUAGCGAAGGAUGAAGCGGCCCGGAUGGCAGCUCUUGUGCAAGCAGAGCAAGAAUGUAACCUGGAGCUCUCAGAGAAACUGAAGGAUGUCACCAAGGACAGGGGAGAUACACCUGGCGACCAGGUCAUGCAUGACCAACACACUGAGGCCCUGGCUGAGAGGGACAGAAAAAUUGAAGAACUGAAUCAGAGCCUGUGUGCCCAGGAUAGGCUGGUACAACAGCUGUCUAAGGAGAAACAAGAACUGCUGCACCUGUCAGAGGAGCCCGCCUGCAUGGACGUGCAGCCCAUGAUGGAAGAGCUACUCAAGCAACAAAAGCCAGAUUCAGAUGAGACCACGGUAGCUCAGCCGUCUGUAUCUGCUUCCCACUCAACGGAACUCCAGGAAAAGCUCCAGCAAACAGAGGCCACCAACAAGAUUCUUCAAGAGAAACUGAAUGAAAUUAGCUUUGAACUAAAGUCUGCUCAGGAGUCAUCGCAGAAGCAAGAUGGUACCAUCCAAAGCCUCAAGGAGACCCUGAAAAGCAGGGAAAGUGAGACCGAGGAGUUGUACCAGGUGAUCGAAGGUCAAAAUGACACAAUGGCAAAGCUUCGAGAAAUGCUACACCAAAGCCAGCUUGGACAACUUCAUGGUGCGGAGGGCACUGCCCCAGCUCAGCAGCAGGUGGCUCUGCUUGAUCUUCAGAGUGCGUUGUUCUGCAGCCAGCUGGAAAUCCAGAAGCUUCAGAGGUUGGUGCGACAGAAGGAACGCCAACUGGCCGAUGCCAAGCGAGGCGUGCAGUUUGUGGAGGCUGCAGCCCGUGAGCGAGAACAGCAGAAAGAGGCUUCGUGGAAACACAACCAGGAAUUGCGGAAAGCUUUCCAGCAACUGCAAGGAGAAUUGCAGAAUAAGAAUCAGCAACUUCAUACCCUGGAGGCCGAAAAGUACCAUGAAAUCCGAACCCAAGAGCAGCACAUUCAGCACCUAAACCAGCGUCUGAGUCACAGAGAGCAGAUGCUGCAGGAAUGUCAGGAGCUCCUGCAGUAUCGGAAUAACUCAGACAAAACCCCAGAAGCAAACGAAAUGUUGUUGGAGAAGCUUCGGCAGCGGGUCCAGGAUAGAGACGCUGCCCUGGAGCGGGCUAUCGAUGAAAAGUUCUCGGCGCUAGAAGAGAAAGAAAAAGAACUGCGACAGCUUCACCUUGCUGUCCGGGAACGAGAUCAGGACGUGGAACGGCUGCGUGGGGUCCUUUCCUCCAACGAAGCUACCAUGCAAAGUAUGGAGAGUCUCCUGAGGGCCAAAGGCCUGGAAGUGGAACAACUCUCUGCUACCUGCCGAAACCUCCAGUGGUUGAAAGAAGAACUGGAGGCCAAGUUCAGCCACUGGCAGAAGGAGCAAGAAAGUAUCGUCCAGCAGUUACAGACGUCUCUGCACGACAGGAACAAGGAAGUGGAGGAUCUGAGUGCAACACUGCUGUGCAAGCUCGGCCCAGGGCAGAGUGAAAUAGCCGGGGAGCUGUGCCAGCGCCUGCAGCGGAAGGAGAGGAUGCUCCAGGACCUUCUGAGUGAUCGAAACAAGCAAGCCGUGGAGCAUGAAAUGGAGACGCAGGGCCUGCUGCAGUCCAUGAGCACGAGGGAGCAGGAGAGCCAGGCUGCUGCAGAGAAGAUGGGACAAGCCCUGAUGGAAAGAAAUGCAGAAUUGCAGGCCCUGCGCCAGUACCUUGGAGGGAAAGACCUCAUGAUGUCCCAAGCAUUCAUCUCCAGCCAACCGGCCGAAGCUACCUCCAUCCUCCACUGUCUUGGACAGCAACCCGAUCCAGGUUCAAUGCAAAUCCCUUCCAGGGAUGAUAGCACGUCCUUGACCACCAAGGGGGACGUCAGCCUACCCAGGUCCACUCUAGGUAAGUUUCAAAGGUCAUUUCAUGACGAAAUCUUCAUCCUUCCUUCCCGUAACUCUCUCUCACUGGAACUCAUGGCUAAAAAAGAAAGGGAGAGCCGGAUGGAGCUCUCUGCCCUGCAGUCCAUGGUGGCUGUGCAGGAGGAGGAGCUGCAGGUGCAGGCUGCUGACGUGGAGUCCCUGACCAGGAACAUCCAGAUUAAAGAAGACCUCAUCAAGGACCUGCAAAUGCAACUGGUUGAUCCUGAAGACAUACCAGCUAUGGAACGCCUGACCCAAGAAGUCUUGCUCCUUCGGGAAAAAGUUGCUUCAGUCGAGGCUCAGGGUCAAGAAACUUCAGGAAACCGAAGGCAACGAUUGCUGCUGAUGUUGGAAGGCCUGGUGGAUGAACGGAGUCGCCUCAAUGAGGCCUUGCAAGCGGAGAGGCAGCUCUACAGCAGUCUGGUGAAGUUCCACGCCCACCCAGAGAGCUCUGAGAGAGACCGAACCCUGCAGGUGGAACUGGAAGGGGCGCAGGUGUUACGCGGCCGCCUGGAAGAAGUCCUGGGAAGAAGCCUGGAACGUCUAAGCCGGCUGGAGACGCUGGCUGCCAUUGGAGGUACAGCCGCAGGGGACGACACCGAAGACGGGAGCACGGAGUUCACGGACAGUAUUGAGGAGGAGGCUGCGCACCACAGCCACCAGCAAAUCCUCAAAGUGGCUUUGGAGAAAAGCCUAGCAGCUGUGGAACUGCAGAACUCACCUCCUGCUCCUCCGUCCCCUGUCGGAGGGGACAGUCACAGGGCUGUCCAGGAGGAGAUGCUCCACCUGCGGGCAGAGAUUCACCAGCACGUAGAGGAGAAAAGGAGAGCCGAGGGGGAACUGAAGGAGCUAAAGGCUCAAAUUGAGGAAGCAGGAUUCUCCUCUGUGUCCCACAUCAGGAACACCAUGCUGAGCCUUUGCCUUGAGAACGCAGAGCUGAAAGAACAGAUGGGAGAAGCAAUGUCUGAUGGAUGGGAGAUGGAGGAAGACAAGGAGAAGGGCGAGGCGAUGGUGGAGACUGUGAUGGCCAAAGGGGGUCUGAAUGAGACUAGCCUUCAGGCUGAGUUCAGAAGGCUCCAUGGAAAACUGCGGAAUGCCCAUAGCAUCAUCAACCUCCUCCAUGAGCAGCUGGUGCUGAGCAGCAAGGAAGGGAAGAGUAAACUUACCCCAGAGUUCCUUGGGGCCCUGGCCAGGGAGAUGGACAGAAUGAACACAGAGCUGGUUUUGGCUUCUGGGAAGCACCAACGCCCAGAGGAAGAAGAUGGGACCAUGAGGCCCUGCCCCAGACCCCAGAGCCUUGACCUUAGGGCUGCCAAAGUGGAUACCCACCAAAUGGACAACCUGUCCCAAGCCAGUGAGCCCGGCCCUCGGGCAGAACUUAGCCUCCCGGGGUCUGCCAAGCACCUGCGCUCACAGCUGGCACAGUGCAGACAGCACUACCAAGACCUCCAGGAGAAGCUGCUGAUCUCAGAGGCCACCGUCUUUGCCCAGGCCAACCAGCUGGAGAAAUACAGAGUCAUGUACAGCGAGUCCAUGGUGAAGCAGGACAGCAAACAGGUCCAGGUGGACCUCCAGGACCUGGGCUAUGAGACGUGCGGCCGCAGUGAGAAUGAGGCUGAGCGGGAGGAGACCACCAGUCCUGAGUGUGAAGAGCAGGACAACCUGGGGGAAGCAGGCCUGGUGGAGGGGCUGCGUUCUGAGCAGGAGCACCUGGGCUUGGCACUGACGAGUUCCCCCCGGAAGGUGCCCCUGGACAGACAGCUCCAGGCAGACGGACAGUCUGAAGACAUCUCUGUCCUCCAGAGGGACAUCCGAGAUCUGAAGGCCCAGCUUCAGAACUCCAACAGGGUCAUUCAGAACCUCAAGAGCCGGGUGCGGUCCCUCUCGGUCACCAGUGAUUAUUCAUCGAGUCUGGAAAGACCCAGAAAGCUGAAGGCCCUUGCCCCCCUCGAGGGGUCGUCACCUCAUAGUGCCACAGAUGACGAUGAGGGGUGGCUCUCAGAUGGCACUGGGGCUUUCUAUCCCCCAGGAAUUCAGGCCAAAAAGGACCUAGAGUGUCUCAUCCACAGAGUGUCACAACUGGAGGCCCAGCUCCCGAAAACUGGGCUGGAGGGGAAGCUGGCCGAGGAGCUGAGGUCUGCCUCAUGGCCCGGGAAAUACGAUUCCCUGAUUCAGGAUCAAGCCCGAGAACUCUCAUAUCUUCGGCAGAAAAUACGAGAAGGGAGAGGGAUCUGCUAUCUUCUCACCCAACACGUGAAAGAUGCCAUCAAAUCUUUCGAGGACCUCCUACGGAGCAACGACAUUGACUACUACCUGGGGCAGAGCUUUCGGGAGCAGCUCGCCCAGGGAAGCCAGUUGGCAGACAGGCUCACCAGCAAACUCCGCACUAAGGAUCAUAAAAGCGAGAAAGACCAAGCAGGGCUGGAGCCGCUGGCCCUCAGGCUCAGCAGGGAACUGCAGGAGAAGGAGAAAGUGAUUGAAGUCCUGCAGGCCAAACUGGAUGCCAGGUCCCUCACCCCCUCCAGCAGCCGGGCCUUGUCUGACUGCCCCCGUUCUCCCAGCAGCACGUCCUUCCUAUCUGAUGAGCUAGAAGCCUGCUCUGACAUGGACACAGCCAGCGAGUACACACACUAUGAAGAGAAGAAAGCUUCGCCCAGUCACUCAGAUUCCAUCCACCAUCCGAGUCAUUCUGCUGUGUUGUCUUCUAAACCAUCACCCAACAGUGCAUCUCAGGGGGCUCAGGCAGAAUCCAGCAGCGGCCCCAUCAUCUUGCCAACUCCCCAGAACCCCCCCCAGGAGACCAGCAAGGCCCAUUCAGGCUUUCAUUUUCACUCCGUGCCCACGCUGGUUAGCUUCCCUCAGGCUCCAUUGCCCUCAGCUCCACCCAGCUUCCUGCCCUUCCGCUCCCCUGGCCCUCCCCUCCCCUGCUGCUCCGAGACACCGGGCUUCUCCUUGGCUGAGGCUCAACAGGAGCUGCAGAUGCUGCAGAGGCAGCUGGGCGAAAGUGUCUGCACGGGCCCUCCUGCUUCCCUAGCUACUCUGCCCAGUAACCAUGUGGAAGCCCACUCUUCUCACCACCUUAGCCCCGCCCAGGCCCAUUCUCUGCCAAGGAGCACCAGUGACCUGGGCACAAUCCUGGACCCUGGGUACCUGGGCAGCAGUGGCUCAUGGGACAUGAUGAGGCCCCAGAAAGGGAGUGUAUCUGGGGACUUAUCCUCAGGUUCUUCUUUGUACCAGCUUAACGCCAAAACCACAGGAGCUGCCCUGCUGGAGGAGCACCUGGGGGAAAUCCGGAACCUGCGCCAGCGCCUGGAGGAGUCCAUCUGCAUCAAUGACCGGCUGCGCGAGCAGCUGGAGGACCGGCUCAGCGCCCCCACCCGCGGGAGCGGCAGUGGAAGCGCAUCCUCCACCAACUUCUGCAGUCAGGGCCUGGACUCUGCACCUCAGGUCCACAGUGAGAACAAGAUCCUCCGAGAAGAAAACCGAAGGCUUCAGGCUCAGCUGAGCCACGUUUCCAGAGAGCAUUCUCGGGAAACAGAGUGCUUACGGGAGGCUCUGCUGUCCUCACGGGCCCGGCUGCAAGAGCUGGAAAUGGAGCUGGAGCACCAGAAGGUGGGGCAGCAGCAGCUUUUGGAUGACUUGAAGGAGAAGCAGCAAGAGAUGUUGCAUUUCCAGGAGGAACGGCUCUCCCUUCAAGAGAAGGACUCCAGGCUGCAGCACAAGCUAACCCUCCUGCAGCAGCAGUGUGAGGAGAAGCAGCAGCUCGUCCAGUCCCUGCAGUCUGAGCUACAGCUCUAUGAGGGCCUUCACGGCGACUCUAAGAAGGGGCUGAAAGCCUACAACUGGGAUGCCUGUCACCAAGUCCCCUUGAGCAGUGAGUUGAGUCACCUGGUGGCAGAAGUGCGAGCUUUGAGAGGGCAGCUGGAGCAGAGCAUUCAGGUGAACAACUGUCUGCGGCUGCAGCUGGAGCAACAAUUGGAUGGUGGUGCAGGCAGAGCCAGCCUCAGCCCCUCCUCUGUCACUGCGAACUUCCCGGCCAACACGGACCCGGCCGACAAGCAGCCACUCUUCCCAGGUAGGAAGAAAAGAGGCAUUCGGAAGCACUCAGCCAGGGGUCAUUCUGCAGUUGGAGAUCCUGGGUCUCCAGGUUCGGGGAGGAUUCCAGUUCCUGCAACCCCAUGUGCUGGGCCUCACAAAAGAAGCAUAGCCCCUGUGCUGGGCAGAGUGACCAUGCAUGCCAUUGAUGCCCCCCUGUUCCAGGUGCUCAGCAGUGAGCGUGCCCACGAGCUGCGGAGCGGCGCCCGUGCCCUGUACCACACCUUGGAAGAGUCGGCCUCCCUCCUCACGAUGUUCUGGCGGGCAGCCUUGCCAGACACCCGCAUCCCUGCUCAGCUGGGCAAAGUGGUAAGAGGCCAGUCUCCUUUACUGGAGAAGCUAGGAGAUGCCUGGAGGGAGGAGCCUGAACCCCCUUGCCCUCAGCAAGGGUGGAAGUCAAGGGCAGGGAGGGGCAGGGACAGUGCUGCUGACACAAGUGGGGGCCAGCUGGUAAUCUGUGCUGUGUUCGGCCCCUCUGUUAUUUCAGUGACCAGGACACAUGAUGUGCUGCGGAAGGCCAGGACAAACUUGGAGCCUCUUCAGAAGAACACUUACAAGAUUUCUUCUGUAAAGCCUUAUUCCUGCCCCAGCAAAGGUGAAAUCCCAGCGGGCGCUGCCCGGCACUCCAGGCUUAUGACCCUUGCCUUCCAGGAGCCCCGCAGGAAGCGAAGGUCCUUAAAAAAGCAGGAAGGAUGGGCCUGCCCCCGCUUUGUGCAGCUGCCUAGCUCCUGAGGAAGGUCUGGGUCCACGCCUGCAGAUCUGGCAAGGGUCCAGAAGAAAUCCUGGGGUGUCUUGGUGAGGCGGGAGACUUGCCUGCCCUUCAGGAAUCCCAUCAGCCAAGCCCCCUGGCCCAGUGCGAAGCCAGACCCAGCGUAGUUUGCAUGCAGGACGCUGCCGCCCGCCAGCUUUGGUGGCAUUUUGGAAUGAGCUACAGCACACUGCAAGUCUGUCGUCUCAGCACACACGUAUCCUCAAACGCUCCGCUGGGGAGCAUGGGCCCCGUGUCCCAGCCCUGGAGUUCCUCCAGUGGUUUGAAAACGCUGAUGGGCUAGGGUCGCCAAAGCCCUCCCGGUGGCACCCCACACCUGACCUGGACCCGCCCUGCGUCUCACUCGGGAUGGGCUCAGUCAGCACCGCAGUACCUGAGCGCCCAGAAAACACGCCAAGGACGCAGUCACUUCAAAGCCAUUUUAUGCUACGCCCCGCGCCUCGCAGUCCUCCUCCUUCUGAUGCCUGUACCGAGGACCCUGCAGACAUGCUGCCCCUCCUGCCAUCCCAGCGUCCCUGUGGGGAGCAGGGGCUUGACGGCCAGCACAAGCCCACUGACAUCUUCGCGGGAAGCUAGCCGGGGCUUGGGUUUCGCAGCCGGUGAGAAGCCUGGUCUGUGCGUGUAGGGGGUGUGGCUGUGUGUAUACAUGUAUGAUAGAUAUUCUAUAUGCUGCUACAGCAAUGCAUUGAAGGUCCGCAUACCUGGCGUGGACAGGGUCGGUAAAAAGAGGUAAAACAGUGUUAUGGUGGCUAUUAAAACAAAGAUGUAUAAAGAC